UAUAGAACAUUUUAAAAAUGUUUGUUGCUAGAAGAUUAUCAAAAAAUAUUAAUCAAAUCAGCAGAAAUGCUGUCAGAGCCUCAGCUCCAUCUACUGCUGUCCCAGUUAGAGGUUUCAAAACUACCUCAAGAAAUUAUUCAGCUGCCCCAGCCACCAACGCUGAAAAAGAAUACUUAAAUAAUUUCAAAGCUGAAUUAGAUAAAGAAGCUUCAACUGAAUCAGGUGAAAUUUCAUAUGAACAAUUAGACGAAAAUCAAGGUAUUGUCCAUCAAGUUAUUGGUGCCGUCGUUGAUGUUUACUUCCCACACGGUAAAUUACCAUACAUUAAUGAUGCUUUAAUUGUCGAAGAUUUCCAAGCUGAAAAUGUCGAAAAAGUAAUUGAAGAUCUCAAUAACCCAGCAUUAAAAGGUAAACUCGAUUUCAACAAUGUUCCAAUUUCAAAAAUUAAAUUAGUCUUAGAAGUUGCUCAACAUCUUGGUGAUGGUAUUGUUCGUUGUGUCGCUCUUGAUAUUACUGAUGGUUUAGGUCGUGGUGCUAAAGUCUUAAAUUCAGGUGCCCCACUUAUGGUUCCAGUCGGUAAUGUUACCCUUGGUCGUAUUAUGAACGUUAUUGGUGAACCAAUCGAUGGUUGUGGUCCAAUCAACGCCACCGAAAGACGUCCAAUUUGGAGAUCACCACCACAUUUCUCUGAAUUAGCCCCAUCUGCUUCCAUUUUAGAAACUGGUAUUAAAGUUAUUGAUUUAUUAGCUCCAUACGCUAGAGGUGGUAAAAUUGGUCUCUUUGGUGGUGCUGGUGUCGGUAAAACUGUAUUAAUUCAAGAACUUAUUAACAAUAUUGCUAAAGCUCAUGGUGGUUUCUCUGUAUUCGCUGGUGUUGGUGAACGUACUCGUGAAGGUAACGAUUUAUACCACGAAAUGGUUAGCGCUGGUGUCAUUAAAACUGAUGGUCCAGGUUCAAAAGUAGCCCUCGUUUUCGGUCAAAUGAAUGAACCACCAGGUGCUAGAGCUCGUGUCACCUUAACUGGUUUAACCGUCGCUGAAUACUUCAGAGAUGUUGAUGGUCAAGAUGUACUUUUAUUCAUUGAUAACAUUUUCCGUUUCACCCAAGCUGGUUCUGAAAUGUCUGCCCUUCUUGGUCGUAUUCCAUCCGCUGUAGGUUAUCAACCAACCUUAGCCACUGAUAUGGGUUCUAUGCAAGAACGUAUUGCUACCACCAAAAAAGGUUCAAUUACCUCCGUACAAGCUGUAUACGUACCAGCUGAUGAUUUAACUGAUCCAGCCCCAGCCACUACAUUUGCCCAUCUUGAUGCUACUACUGUACUUUCUCGUGCUAUUUCUGAAUUAGGUAUUUAUCCAUGUGUCGAUCCACUCGAUUCAACUUCUUUAAUGAUGGAUCCAAAUAUUAUUGGUGCUGAACAUUAUACCGUUGCUACUGAUGUCCAAAAGAUUCUUCAAGAAUAUAAAUCACUUCAAGAUAUUAUUGCCAUUUUAGGUAUGGAUGAUUUAUCAGAAGACCAAAAAGCUACUGUAUUCAGAGCUCGUAAGAUCCAACGUUUCCUUUCACAACCAUUCGAAGUCGCCCAAGCUUUCACCAAUAUGGAAGGUAAAUACGUCAAACUCGAAGAUUCAAUUAAAGCUUUCAAAGGUAUUUUAGAAGGUAAAUACGAUCACUUACCAGAAGCUGCUUUCUACAUGGUUGGUGGUAUUGAAGAUGUCGAAGCUAAAGCUGUUAAACUUAUGGAACAAUCAAACACUGAUUCAGGUGCCAAGAAAACUACCACCUCUACUGGUGCUGAAGUUAAAGAAGAAGCUCUCCGUGAUCGUGUCAAACGUCUUGUUGAUGAAGCCUACAACGCUAAAAUCGCCAAAUUAAAGGAAUAUGGUGUUUCAACUGCUCAUUUAGAACAAUUAAGACAACAAUACGAACAAAACUUCGAAUCUGAAAUUCAACAAUUAGAAAGAUUAUUAAAGAAAUAAUUUAUUUAAAAAUCUUUUUUUAUAUAAACAACAAUAAUUAACUAAUAAUAUAAAUAUAAUUGCCUUAAAUUGGAUAUUUAUUAUAAAUCAAAACAAAUCAAAUUUUUUAAAAAAAAAAAAAAAAAAAACAUUUAUGGGUAAUUUUUAAAUAAAAGAAAUGUAUU